GUGAAAGUGAAACAGCCGGCCAAGAUAAAAGUUUUCGCAAGCUUGGCACAAAACGAAGAAGAAGAAGAAGAAGAAGAAGAAAGAAGAAGAAGAAGAAGAAGAAGAGCAGAGAGCCCAACCAACCAGAGAUUCCAGAUCUCUCUCUCUCUCUUCAUGGACCUCCCUCAGUACCUUCACCACCAUCCAAGGUACGCUUCUUCCUCCUCCUCCUCUGACCCUAAUUUCCCAAACUACCCUCACCGCACCACCAACCACUACCACCACCGCCACACUCCGCCUCCUCCUCCCCAACCCCAGCCCCCACAGCUCCGCCCACAAUCCCCCUCCUCCUUCAAAACCCUACCCCCUCCUCCGCCGCCACCACAUCCCCAAAGGACCACCUUCUCCCCCCACCCCAUCGAUUCCGAUCAUUCCAGAACCUUCUCCCCUCGCACCACUCACCGCCCGCCACCUCUCGAUUCCGACCGGCCACGUCAUCGCCUCUACCUCGAGUCCGGUCCGGAUUACCGGGACCGGUCCAGGAACUAUUCGCCGCGCGAUUACGACCGCGAAUUGCAUAAACCCUAUAGGCGCGAUCCGGACGGCGGCGGCGGCGGCGCUAGGUUUAGAUCGGAGUACGAAGAACAACGGGAUCGUCGAGUUGAUGACGGUUAUCGCCGUCGCUCGAGCAAUCACGAAACGACGACGUUUCGCGAAGUGGAGUUCCAGGAUUCGGGUUCGGGUUGCUACGACGAGAGCGCGUAUGAGGAGCUGCUGAAGAGUGGGAGGAGAUAUGAGGCGUAUGAGAUUCAAAGGUGGGGUCUUGAGAGGGCCCAAUCGGAGGAGGAUUUGUACGAUCCUUUCGAAUUGGAUGAGCACGAUGAGGAGGAGGAUCGGAUUGUUUCGGAGAAGAGGGAUUAUUAUGGUUCCGAAUCAGGAAGAAGUAGGUGGAAGCAGAUACAAAAGAAGAGUGCUUUGCUUAGGCUUCAAACCCCGAAAACCCGGGACCGGAAUUACUCUGCUUAUUACGAUAGUUCCGGCUCCUCCGGUGGAUCAUUCAGAGGGAAAGAACAGUAUGAGUAUGAGUAUUCAGGUCAUGGGAGGAAGGAUGCAGUAGAAGAAGAGAGGCGUGGUGGUGGAGGAGAAGAGAGAGGCCAACAACAGAGAGGUGGGAGUAGUCCUCUGGACCUUGAUGUUUCGUUUAAGUCGAAUUCGCUGGUAGCCAAGCCGGUUAGAACUAGGGAUGAGAAGAGAGGUUCAGUUUCGGAUAUGGAUUGUUCAGAGUCACCACCUGCUAAGCUCCGUGAGGAUGUUGUAAAUUUGGAUAGUUUGGCACUUGUUUCGAAUAAGACAUCGAGUCCUGGCAAGGAGGCCAUGAAGUUGAAAGGAGAAGUUACUACUUCUGGCAUGAAUUCGCAGCCUUGUUCUGUUGUGACUGAUGAAGCGUUUGUAAAGAGUGAAGUGGAAACAGCACCCAAGGGCAAGAUUUUACGUAAAGAUGGCAAGGAUGUUGGUUCCAGUCAGAAGUCUUCUCCCAACGUUUCUAAGAAGACAAAAGUAGUGAAGAAAAUAGUGGCCAAGAAGACAGUGAAAAAGGUCACAAACCCCCCCACUUCACAGCCAGAAAGUAAGAUUGAUGAGCCGGGGGCGAGUACUGUUCACAGUCUAUUUGCAGGCACUGGCAAAGGUGAAACCUCUUCCAUUUCUGAUCCUUGUCCAAAUGAUUUGCAUGUGUUGCCUGUAGAUAAGGAAGUAGAAGGUUCUCUGCCGAAUGUUCUAUCAGAUGAAUAUGGCACUGUUCUCAACUCUUGUAGUAAGAAUAUUGGGAACAACUCAAGUGCAAAUUUGGGCUCUUCGAGUCCUGCAGAGAUUAAUACUGAUCAGAAGCACCCUCUGAAUGUAGAUACUCCGGUCAAGGGCUUGCUUACCAUUUCAAAUUUUAACAGCAAUGCAACUGAUUCAAUCAAGGUAGCUACUUGUCCUGAAACUGGCGGUGUUGUGGAUGUCAGCAAAUCGAUCUGUCAGAGUGGAAACAUUUUAUUGGUUGAUAAAGAGGUACAAAAAGAAUCAUCACAGGCCAUGUUGGCUGUAGAAGGCAAUUUGAGCUCUGGUUUUUUAAAUUCAGAUAAGAUGCAUGAACUCACGAAUGUAAAGGGUUCUGAACAUGGGGCUGAAACCUUGGAGAAACUGUCACAUCAGGAAAUCAUUGUUCCUGAUGUUGGCACUGUGGAUGCAGUUAGCGAACAACCUUGUAGAUAUCAGCUCCCCACAUCACUUCAAAAUGGUGGUGUUGUGGAAGAACUUCCUAAGGCUAUAUCUUCAGCAGAAAAUAAUAUGGCGGUUGGUUUAUCGAGUUCAGGGGAGACCAAAGCUGUCCGCUCCAAGAUUGGUAGACGUACAAGGUGGGAUUCUGAUGAAGUUUAUGUUAAGAAAGAUAAGAGCAUUACAGUUUCCAAUGGUGGGAAUACCAAUUCUUUUGGCAAGCAGUCAUCACCUGAUUGUGCCUCUAGAUCUUUUGAAAUUUGUGCCACAGAAAGAUCUCCAAAUAUACCAAAAUCAGUUGGAGAUACUCAUAGUGUUACACCUAUGAUUCAAAAGAAGAGAAAAGUUAAAACGCAGUUAGACUUUUCAAGGAUAUCCGACACUUGUGUAGACCCUGUAAAUGUUUCUCCCGGCAAAGAUGCACCGGAUACAACAGUAAGUUCCUUCCUGAAGGAUCCUAGUCAUGCAGAAGUUUCUGUUUCUGGUGUUCAAAAGUUAGAUAUGGGAUCACAGCCUGGUAAUGAUUGGGUCAGCGUUCUGAAUGGGAAAAGUUCAGUAAAUGGGUUUUCUGACACUAAGCUUUCAGCUAGAAUUGAUGCUAACUAUGAUACAAAUGAGACUUCACCCGAGUAUUCAAAGAGGAGAAAAGUGUCUGGCACUCAUCUGGUAUUGACUUCAGCUCAAACCAAUGGAGGACCUGCAAAUAAAUCUACAUCUUAUAUACAGGAAUCUUCAACUCAUAAUGAUGUUCCAACAUAUCAAGCGGACAAAGGUGCUUCUUCUAGCAUAGGUUCUCAGUGUGCUACUUCUAAUUUAAUUCCAUCUCCUGAGGAAAUCAAUGUCUAUCUUGAGGACAUUAUGGCUGCAGUAUCAUCUGAUACUGUAGCUGCAGCUAGGGACUCCUUUACUAAUGAUGAUAUGAAGAUUAAGCACCAAGGUAUUGACUCUUCUUCAGUUUCUGAAGGGUCAGGUAUUCCACAUAUGCAAAUCCCUUGUCCUUUACAAUCACAGAAUGAGGAUAAAGAGGAUGGUACUGAAGUUAUGGUUGUAAAUAAUCAUCACCUUGACAUUUUGGAUAUAGAUGGUAGUCAUGAAAAAGACUUUGAUGUUUGUGCAACAAAUGAGCACAUUAUGGUUCAAGGUGAGACUGCUCCAUGUACAAUUCAUUCAGAGCUUCAGCCUGCUGAUUUGGGUAUUAAUUCUUUCAGUACAAAUAUAGAAUCAGAUUACCUCUGUGUUAAGGAUAAACUGCCUUUUGUGCCAAGUUGUCUGCUUUCAAUUGCUAAUGACAAUGAAGUAACUUCUACCAACUCUAUUGAUGAAGGCAUGAAGUCUGUGUCUGAUACGCUGUCAGAUACAGGUACUCCAGAAACUUCAACUAGUAUCACUGACGUGCAUAUGCUGAUUUGUAAUCCUUCGGUUAUUAAAAGUUUUGACGAAAAAGUUUGUGCGGAUGACCAGAAAUUUGAGGUGAAGUCUGAGGUUGCAUCCGCUGGGAAUUUAUUCUCAGAGACCAAAACUAAUUUAACAUUAGAUAAUGUAACUGAAGGUCACCAAUCAGUCACAGAGAAGGCAGUACCUUUGAAAUUGCAGGAUUCCAAAAAGACAUCUCAUGGUCUGCAUCUCAUAAGUGCUGAAUCUGCAUUGAAGAACCAGCUGGGUCAAGCUACUCAUAGGAUUGUUCCAGGUCGUCCAUUUUCUGCCUUUACUACCUCACAGAAGGCUACCUCUUCAACACAUAUAUCAAAGCCUCGGACUUGGCAUCGAAAUGCUAAUUCAUCUGUAUCUCCUCUUCCAGCUCAAAGGCAGUUGCCACAAAGAAAUGGAAAACUUGAAAGUAAUUCUUAUGUUCGUAAAGGUAACACCCUUGUUAGAAGACGUGCUACAAUUGCUGCUGUACCACAAAGCUCUCAAGGUCUCAGUUCAUCUGUUCAUCAGUUGAACUUUUCAGGUAUAGAUGGAUUGAAGAAGAAUGCAGGAUCCGACAGUAGGGUUGACAUUAAAAACCCUCCAAAAACAGGAGGACUCAAUGCUUCUUCAGAUAGGCCCCCAGCCCCACUACCCGGUGGAGCCAAAAUGUCUGCAUCUGCUGCCGUCUCUUCCGGGAUUCCUACAUCAUCCCCACUAGCUGAGCCUCUUCUUAGUGAUAUCUCUGGAACUAAAUCAGAUCCUAUGAAUUGUUCGGAAACGAAAGAUGCAGAAGGAUCAGUCAAGGACUCGCUGGCAACUUCUGAUACUCAGGAAUACCAUAGUGGUCCAGUCAACAAUCUACAUGAUGGGAAUCUGGCAUCAUCAAAUAUGAAGAAGGUUAUAUAUGUAAAGCGAAAAUUAAAUCAGUUGGUUGCAUCAUCUUCAAAUCCAUCAGACCUUUCUGUCCACAAUGCUGAUAAGAACCAACCCUCAGAUGGCUACUACAAGAGGCGCAAACAUCAGCUAAUUAGGUCUUCUUUGGAAAGUAAUGGCAAAGAUACUGUUCUCCUGCCCACUGACAAUCUAAACUCAGGGAAGCAAAAGGCUCGUAAGGUUAUCCCCAGUAGAACAUUUAACAAGAAGCGAUCACUUAAGGCUGUUGCGAGGAUGAGUAAAAAGAAUUCUUUGGUCUGGACACCAAGUGGUACACAGUCAUCAAAUAAUAAUGGUAGUUCAUAUGACCAUCAGAAGGUUCUGCCUCAGCUGUUUCCGUGGAAAAGAGCAAGAUACUGGAGAACUGUCAUGCAAAGUCAGGCUUCCAAUUUCAAUUAUAGUUCCUCAUCAACAAUCAGUAAAAAGUUGCUGCUCUCAAGGAUGAGGGAUACUGUAUACACUAGGUCAACCCAUGGAUUUUCACUUAGAAAGUACAAGGUAUUAAGUGUUGGUGGAUCUAGUUUAAAAUGGUCAAAAUCCAUUGAAAGUCGCUCAAAGAAAGUUAAUGAGGAAGCUACACGGGCUGUUGCUGAAGUAGAGAAGAAGAAAAGAGAACACAAUGGUGCUGCCUGCACUAGUUCUGGUUCUAAAAUCAGAAACUCACCGGGAAAACGAAUAUUCCGCAUUGGCUCUGUUCGUUACAAAAUGGAUCCUUCAAGGCGGACACUUAAGAGGAUUUCAGAUGACGAAUCCUCAAAGUCUGUUGUGCUGAAUCCAGAAACGGAUGCCAAGAGAUCAUAUGUUCCAAGGAGAUUGGUGAUUGGGAAUGACGAAUAUGUGCGGAUUGGAAAUGGUAAUCAGCUUAUUAGAGAUCCAAAGAAACGAACUCGCAUAUUGGCAAGUGAAAGAGUUAGAUGGAGUUUGCACACUGCCAGACAGCGGUUGGCAAAAAAACGGAAAUACUGCCAGUUUUUCACACGAUUUGGGAAGUGUAACAAGGAUGAUGGAAAAUGUCCCUAUAUUCAUGACUCCUCCAAAAUUGCAGUCUGCACAAAGUAUCUGAACGGUUUAUGUUCCAACCCCAACUGCAGAUUAACCCACAAGGUCAUUCCAGAAAGAAUGCCAGACUGUUCUUUCUUUCUGCAAGGUUUAUGCACCAAUAAAAAUUGUUCUUACAGACAUGUAAAUGUAAAUCCGAAGGCAUCUACUUGUGAAGGAUUUCUUAAAGGUUAUUGUGCGGACGGAAAUGAGUGCCGGAAGAAGCACAGCUAUGUCUGCCAGACUUUUGAAGAAACAGGAACGUGUCCUCAAGGGCCCAAAUGCAAGCUUCACCACCCCAAAAAGCGUAUGAAGGGAAAGAUAAAGAAACGAUCAAGAGAACAUAGAAAUGGUUGGGGACGUUACUUUGUUUCCAAGGAUGUUGGUGUUUCUGAGCCCGUAACAGCGUCUGCAAAGCACUGUGCACAAAAUGGUGAUGACAUAUUUGGUAAUGAUUUCGUUAGCAUCAAUGUUAGUGACGAGGAGGCUGGAGAAAGUAAUAAUCCACCUGAGCAAACCACAUUUUAUGACAGUGAUCCCUCUGAAUUAGACUUGGAUGAUCUUGAUGAACUAAUUAAACCGAUUCGUUUGUUGAAUAAGAUGAAGACAAACAUUUAUUGACAGUGGCAGCCAAAGAGAUACAUGUGAUCUAUACCAUGGAGGAAUUUCUGCAAACUACUCUCCGAUCGUAUGCUUGUGCAAAAUGAUUUGGGAGUAUAGACCCCCCUCUUUUUUUGGUGAGGUGGAGGUCCUAAGGCCAAGGGAGGACCCUAACCAGGAACAGGUAUAAGCUUGUGUACCAGCUGAAGCAGGAGUACACUGAUUUGGAAUGUUAAGUGGAUGAGCGAGGUGCAAAAGCAAGCGGGAACAAGUGGACUGGGCAUAAAGAUUUAUUUGAUCGUCAAGCUGAGUAAACCCAGACUAUCAGCGCCGGAGAGGGUCACAAGAGAAGUUUAUGGAAGACCUGGCAGCUAAUACCACUCCUAUGUCCCAUCUGAGAGAGUCGGCAGCCAGAUUUGCUUAGCAGGCACCAAGUCAAAGAGAAGUUUAUGCAAGACCUGGCAGCUAAUACCACUCCUAUGCCCCAUCUGAGAGAGUCGGCAGCCAGAUUUGCUUAGCAGGCACCAAGUCAACACUAACCAUAGUUUUUUCUCUCUUGCUAGGAAUAGUGAUUUCUUUCUUUUUGUUUUGUUUGUUUUCCUUUUUCUCAAUUCUUUUGUUUUCCUUGUACAUUUUAUACAAGAUCAACUAUUGUUUUCCUUUUCCUCAAUUCUUUUGUUUUCCUUAUACAUGUUAUACAAGAUCAAGAUAGUUGAAAUGAAUAAUAAAGCAUGAAAUACGCUUGAAUAAUCAGAA